AAGCUCAAUUCGAAGUUUAAACUGCUUAUUCACAAGUUCACAUUCCAUAAACUCUCACUCUAAUUGAUUCUCGAGAUUCAAAGAGAAAGCAACAACAGUAGAGAAGAGAACAGAAAAUGAGUUCUACUAGCAGAGCUUGGAUCGUGGCUGCAAGCGUUGGGGCUGUAGAAGCACUGAAGGAUCAAGGAGGGUUUUGCAGAUGGAAUUACACCAUUAGAUCUCUCCAUCAACACGCGAAGAACAAUUGCGGAUCUCUUUCUCGAACCAACAGACUUCCCUCUUCCUCUUCUUCAAUGGCGAUGACUAAGAAGAUGGUUCCAAGCGAUGAGAAGAUGAAACAAUCAGAAGAAUCUCUCAGAAAAGUUAUGUACUUGAGCUGUUGGGGUCCCAAUUGAUGAGUUCCAAAUCUCUUUACUGCUCACGAUGUACCACUCUAGAGCUGUGUUACAUCUGUUUCGUCCAUUCUGUAAAUACUGAUUGAGAGAACAUUAAUUGGUUCUAGAGGACAAAGUAAAAGAUCAUACACCAUUC